AAAGAUGGAACUCAAAAUCUUCAUUGCUCUCUUCUGCGCUCUUUUCACUGGAGGACAUUCACUCAAAUGUUAUGAGUGUUCAGGUCCAAUAGGUUCUUGUGAAAGCAAAGAGAAGACGUGUCAGGACACUGAAACAUGUUCAAGUGCAACAACUUUAGAAUUCACUGGUGGCACUGAAGUUAAAAAUCAGAUUAAGGGUUGUACAGUAAUGGAGAAAUGUAUAAAUGGAUCUGUUAACAACGGAGUUAUAAGGAAAAUUAUAUCUACACAGUGCUGUAACACAGACCUAUGUAAUAACAAAGAUGCCCCAGUUCCCUCUAACAGCCCCAAUGGAAAACAAUGUUACUACUGCGAUGAGAAGAGUUGCUUCAACAAAUUAAAAUGUUUUGGAGAUGAAGACCGCUGCUUUGCAGCGAAAACAACUGCUGGGUCUGUGUCUCAGACUUUUAAAGGAUGUGCCUCUAAAUCCUUCUGUGAUGCUGUACCACAAUUCGCUGCAGUUUACACGAGCUUCUCAUGCUGUCAGGGGAAUCUGUGUAACGGUGCUAAGAGCGUCACACAGAAUCUCCUCUCUUCUUAUUGCCUCUCUUCUUCUACAUCCUGAUCCACUGAAUUCAGCAGAACAUCACUCUCUACAGCAGUAAUGAGAGAUAUUGUGGUGGGAUUAGUAAAAAAAAGAUUAUGUUUUAUGAUUUAUGCAGCAGCAACAGCAGUAUGUCACACAUUUUGGAUUUAAAAAAAAAAAAUGUUUGAUUUAAUAUAGCUUAAUUUUCAUUGUAUUUUUGGUGUUGUCACAAUGGUUUUGGUGAAAAUAUAUAUACUGCAAACAGGGAAAACAAUAAAUCAAAUGUAACCCCACGAUACACUUGUUUUAAGGCAAAAUCUAAUAAUGAUAUUGUAAUAAACACAGUUUCUAAACGAAGUUAAAUAACUGUAAUUAUUCGUAUGCACCAGCAGAUGGCAGCAAACAUAUGCAGCCAUAUACAGUACAUAGCUUUUUGUUCAAUA